AUGGAGUUCAACAAAUCUCGAUCUGCAACAAUGGCUUCCAGAAAAUCCGACAACCCUCACUCCGGUGACGGCGCCAGUCCCGGGAAAAUCUUCAUCGGAGGGUUAGCCAAAGACACCACCCUAGAGACUUUUGUGAAGUACUUCGAGAAGUACGGCGAGAUAACGGACUCUGUUAUCAUGAAGGACCGUCAAACGGGUCGACCCAGGGGCUUCGGGUUCAUCACCUACGCGGAUCCCUCCGUCGUUGACCAAGUAAUUCAGGAGAACCACGUCAUCAACGGGAAGCAGGUAGAGAUUAAGAGGACCAUUCCCAAGGGUUCGUCGCAGGCUAAUGACUUCAAAACCAAGAAGAUCUUUGUCGGCGGUAUUCCAACAUCAGUAUCAGAAGAUGAGUUCAAGAACUUUUUCUCUAAGUAUGGGAAGGUGGUGGAGCAUGAAAUUAUACGAGACCACACCACAAAGCGUUCCCGGGGAUUUGGAUUUAUAGUUUUUGACAGUGAAAAGGUUGUGGAUAAUAUUUUGGCGGAUGGGAACAUGGUUGAUAUGGCUGGUACCCAGGUUGAGAUCAAGAAGGCUGAACCAAAGAAAUCCUCAAACCCAGCUUCUCUUGCUCCAUUUGCUAGUGACACUAGGGCACGUUCUUACAAUGAUGGUUUCAGUGGAUUUGGCGAUUCUUAUGGAAGUUUUGGCGGUAGCGGGUAUGGUCCUGGUUCUUAUAGAUCAAUUGGAGGGUUUGGGGGUAGGCUUGGAGAUUAUGGUGGGUAUGGGGCUGGAGAUGACUUUGGUGGUAGUUUUGGUGGUUAUGCUGGUGGCUAUGCUGGUUUUCGAGGAGAAUCAUCAUUUGGCUACUCUGGUCGCUAUGGAUCUUACAUGGGUGGCCUUGGUGCUGGUUAUGGUGGCAGUGGGUUAGGUGCAUAUGGACGAGGUGCUGGGGGCUAUGGAAGCUAUGGUGGUCCAGGUGCUGGUGGGGGUUAUGAAUCUGGCCCGGGUGCUGGUUAUGGCGGAGCUGGAGGUGGAGUCUAUCCCAGUAGGGGAAGCUAUGGUGGCAGUAGUCGUUACCAUCCUUACACAAGAUAG